CCCGACUACGAGAUCACCAAAGAGGGUGAUUACUACACACUGAAGACCGUAUCCGAGUUCAAGACCUCUGAGAUUAGGUUUAAAUUGAAUGGCGAAGAGUUUGAAGAGAACCGUUUGGAUGGACUCCGAGUGAAGUCAACGAUCGUUCAAAAGGGAAACAAAUGGAUUCACAAACAGAUGAGUGACAAGAAUUUGGUCACAAUUAUCAGGGAAUUCAAUGGCGAUACCAUACGAGUGACCGGUGCUCUCAAUAAUGUAGCCUUCGUUCGCAUAUAUAAGAAAGUCAAUUAG